AGCCCUGCGGGAAGUCUCGCGAGAGGCGGCGGGCGGGCGGGUGGCGGUGGCGCUGCGUGCUGCUCGGAGGGUCGCCUCAGCCUCGGCUCCCGCCGCGCCCGGGCCCUGCCGCUCGCCGCCCCUCGUGCCGCCGCCGCCGCCGCCAUGUCGCGCUACCUGCGCCCUCCCAACACCUCGCUCUUCGUGCGGAACGUGGCCGACGACACGCGGUCUGAAGACUUGCGCCGUGAAUUUGGUCGUUAUGGGCCUAUAGUUGAUGUAUACGUUCCACUUGACUUCUACACCCGUCGUCCCAGAGGAUUUGCUUAUGUUCAAUUUGAAGAUGUCCGCGAUGCAGAAGAUGCUCUCCAUAAUUUGGACCGAAAGUGGAUUUGUGGUCGGCAAAUAGAAAUCCAGUUUGCGCAGGGCGAUCGGAAGACACCAAAUCAAAUGAAAGCCAAGGAGGGGAGAAACCUAUACAGUUCUUCUCGUUACGAUGACUAUGACAGAUACAGGCGAUCUAGAAGUCGGAGUUAUGAAAGGAGACGAUCUAGAAGUCGCUCUUUUGAUUACAGCUAUAGAAGAUCAUAUAGUCCCAGAAACAGUAGACCUACUGGAAGACCUCGUCGUAGCAGAAGCCAUUCGGACAAUGAUAGGUUCAAACACCGCAAUCGAUCUUUUUCAAGAUCUAAGUCCAAUUCAAGAUCACGAUCCAAGUCACAGCCCAAGAAAGAAAUGAAGGCUAAAUCACGGUCUAGGUCUGCAUCUCACACCAAAUCUAGAGGCACUUCUAAAACAGAUUCUAAAACACACUAUAAGUCCAGCUCAAGAUAUGAAAAGGAGUCGAGAAAAAAAGAACCAGCUAGAUCCAAAUCACAGUCAAGAUCACAUUCUAGAUCUAGGUCAAAAUCCAGAUCAAGGUCUUGGACAAGUCCCAAGUCCAGUGGCCACUAAUAAUGAAUCCAUGUUGGUUUUAGGCAUGUAAGAUUCAUUUACACACAGUUCAGUUUACUUAAAUUAUCAGGAAUAUGUUGUUGCAACAGUGCUAAAAAAAUCUUUUCUUUGUCAGUUUUCCCUGUAGCAGACAAUGGUUAAAAUUAAAACAGUGUGGAGCAGCCACUGAGACAGAGGGAGAGAGAGAGAGAAUGUCCUCUUGGUUACUUGUUAUGGGCAGCUACUGAAUUGAUUGUGGUGUCUCAAUGUAUAUUUUUGUAAAGAUUUGCAUUUUUAAUGCUUAGAUAUUGGUGAUGACUUGAUUGGUCGUAAUUUGCAACAUUGUCCUGUUGAAAAUGUCAUACCCAUAGCAAUUGAUACUAGUUUGUACUGAACAGUUAAACCAACUGUUUAACUUGUUCUUUAAUGCUAAACUUUGUGAUAAAAUGGAAAACUGGACAGCUGUAGUGCAACACUGACUGCUGUGAAAUGCAGACUGGUAAUUUUAUGUUUCCAUUGUUCAGAGGCAGGUUUCUGUAUUCUCCAUGCCCAAUGACAAGUAGGUUGGUAAAUGGAGCUCUUUGGAGAGAGAUUUUUGAAAUUUCUCUGCCAUCUGGAGAGAUGGUACUACCGCUGCAUAUACUGCACGGGGAGAGAGUUGGUCUUGGAAGCUCAGAGGCUGUGCAGUGUUCUGACUUGUCAGUAAAGAGGCUUUACUGCUCUUGAGCUGGCUGCUCAUACUAUAUCUGUGAGGGGGGGGGGGGGGGGGAACACCUUGAAAUGGAAAAUUAAAUUCAGAUUCCAGAAAAUGACAGAGCAACUAAAUAUUAGGUUGUGUGUACAUUUUACGCAGUUUUUGUAUCUAUUCUAAAUUUUAGUGAGCAGUUAACCAUGAAAUUGCUUAGUUUUCCUGCUGUUAGAUACAAGUAGAUUGUUUCGAGUUGUGUGUGUACAGUAUAUAAGAACUCAACUUUUAUGCCAAUGACUCCUGUGGUUAGUUGGUGUAUUCGUAGGUAUACAACUGUAGCCAUCUCUCUUCUUGAGUAACAAAGGCUUGCUUUUAUACAUUUAAAUGUAUUUAGUCAAGCAAGUCUGAAUCACUUCUUCCUCAGAAUGGCUAGUGGUUUGGUUACAAAAUUUCAUUUUACUUAAGAACAAGUGUUUUAAGUUGGAUAUGAACAAGAGCUGCAUCUCUAGCUAUUUAGUUUCACUAAUGCAGUAUAUUUAGUAAAUUGAACGUGAAAAAUAACAAAAGCAGUGUGUAAUCUUACCAGUAUUUCUUUAGGAGGCAAGAUAUUUUGUUACGAAAAUGGCUUUUGGCAUUGGUUUUUUUUUCUAUUUACCUUCAAAAGCCAGCAUCAAACACCUGGUGUUCUGUACUGUCUGUAGAAGUGUAUAAGGACACAGAUUUCAAAAAGAUCAUUUUUAGAGAGAUGUUUUAGGGUUUGGUUUUAGUGUGUUCAGCAGGGCCUUUGAAGAAAUGCAAACGGCUUUUAAAUAUUAGCGGCGGAACGUGCUUAGGGGAUUGAUUCUAGGAACCUUAGUAAGUUUGAUAGUAUUUCUAACUUUUUUCUUUACUGUUUGCAGUUAAUGUUCAUGUUCUGCUAUGCAAUCAUUUAUAUGCACGUUCCUUUAAUUUUGUAGACUUUCCUGGAUGUAUAGUUUAAAAACAGCAUAAAGUCUAUUUAAAACUGUAGCAGUAGUGUGCAGCUCUAGCAGAGGAAAGUUGUGGGAUUAAACUUUGUAUUUCCUUUCUUAUAGAGGCUUCUAAAAAGGUAUUUUUAUAUGUUCUUUUUAACAAAUAUUGUGUACUACCUUUAAAACAUCAAUGUUUUGAUCAAAAUAACUAAAGACCCAGCUUAUUUUCUGCUUGCUGUAAAUUUAGCAAACAUGCUGUAAUAAAAAAAAAAUGAAGGAAAUACUGAUCCACUGGAAUUAUUGUAGCUUUAGAAUUUGACUCCAAAGCAUGGCUAGAAAUAGAGCUAUGCAUCCCUUAUGGAGUAAAAUCCUUACUAUAGUAUUUCAGUAAAGUCAGGAAUUUAUCAUUUGUUGUCUGAAUAAAUAUCAUUUUCUAUUUUUAAAGGGGUGCUAGAUUAAAUAAGAAUGAUAAGCAUAUGUUUUAGUCUAAUAUAUUGACAUUUCAGUUAACUUUCAUUAUUACUGGAUAGACUCCCCUAUGGUUUUAAUUCAGAUAUUAGCCAGGUUAUGAACUACUAAAGAUCAGUGACUGAAGAUCCGCAUAUAACUAAAUUUCUCACAAUGGCUCAUUGUUUUACAUUUGUCAUAUUAAAAAAAAAAAAAAAAGUGCCAGCAAUGGUUCUCUAGCAGGUUGUACAACUUUGAUGCUUAGAAUUCAAGCUGCCUCCUGGCGCCUGUGGUAUAUACAACUAGUCCUUUGUCAGCCACUGAAUAAAAACUAUUCUGAGAAUCACUUGAAUGCUUAGGAAGUGUAAGAGUGGGCAUACCAGUCGCUGAGCUGUGAUUAUAUUGUAGUUGUGCAUAGAAAUGGCUUGCAACCGCAGAAAACACACACUUCUUUAGCUUCUGUAAAUGAAUAUACUCUUCAGAACUAAAAUUCUGCUUAAGUGGUUCACCUUUCUCUUGGGAGUGUGUGGUUAUGUUUUAGUCAGCAACCCGCAGAGGAUUGCUGUAACUAAAGUUCACGUUAGCCCAGCCAGAACUACAGCUACAACUACAGGGAGGAGGGAGAACAUCUUUGUGGUCCAGGCUGAGUUUCUAAUUUGUGUCAAAAGAGUAAUAGUGACAUACCUUAAUUAUGGUGUCAGCAUGUCCUUAUUGUGUGCCUCAGCAUUUGCAUAUAGCUCAGUUUAAUUUUUUUGUUUUGAAAAUCCAAUUCAUUGCAAGUAUAAUGUAGUAUCUGACAGUUCUGAUGGUUCUUUCUUUCUCUCCCAGAGGUAGGACUAAACUUUGACUUGACUUGUGUAUAUGAACAAGCCAGAAAAGCCGAACACAAACCCACGAUGUUUCAAGAGUGCAUGAAUAAAGAUGUUGUCCUAGUUCUUGCUCCCAUGGAAAAAUUGUGAAGAAGCUGUUCUGUGGGCCUUUCAGUUGGGGACGAGUUAGCAGGAUGUGGCCAAAAGGGCAGGGAAUGUUUUACGCAUUCAUGCAAGUCAAGCCACAGCCCAUCUAGAUAACAUCUCCCUUCCUUGAUGCAGGUAUCCUAUUCCUGCUCUAAAAAAAAGCAGUAGCCUGUCUCAUGCAAGCUACCUGCAGGUUAUGCACAGCUGGAAUGCAAGAACAUGCAGGCUACAAAAGAUCAUGUAUAAGCAUCUUUCUUUUGGAGUCUCAAGAAUGGUGGGAAUUAUGUUUUUCUGUGGUAAACUAGAUUUUGUCAUUCCUGCAAAAUUUGUAGAAUUGUAGUAUGUAAAAUUCUGCUGAAAGUAACGGCUGUGCUCCAAAAUAUUUGCAGUGUAUUGAUUUAUCUCAGCAGUAAUAGAAGGCUCUAUUGGAACUUCUUUUUCACUAAAAGUCCAUGCACCCAACUGAUAAUUAAAAAUCUUAAAUUUAGUGGUGAAGUAGCUGGGUGUUUAAACUAGAGACUAUGAGAGACUGGUCUCUGAAAGCUAAAUGUUAUCCUUUCUAUGUCUUUUAAAUAUGUUUAAAUGUGCAGUAUAAUGGCUUUAUUCAAAGUGGAAAUUUUCAAUUCAAAUGUUAUUUUGAACUCGGCUCUUGGGAAGAGCUUUUUUUUCUUUCCCUUAAUGUUUUGUCUGGGGUAACAGCUUGGAAUAUACUCAGAGGCCAAUUGGAUUGAUAUACACUGCAGCUCUGCUAUAUGAUUUUUGGCAGGAAUGUUGCAGAUAACGUUUUGAAGUAUAAAGGAAAAAAAUUGCACAUUUUUAGGACAUAAUCACCCAUUAAUAUUUGCUGGUUUUCUCCAUUUAUCUUGUAACAUGCUUAAAAAGUCUGUAGUCCAUUGCUAUAAUAAUUGUCUAGAGAUGCUCUUACUGAUGAGACUAUAAUAGGAAGGGAAAACUAUGUACCCUGUAGUGUGUUUGAUCAAAAGAUGCUAAUGUUUUAUUCAUACACAUCCUUUCUUCUUGAGUUUUGUGUUCCAUCUGUGCAAAUAACCCUGUGAAUUGGGAAUAAAAUGUACAAGUUUUGACUAUAA